CCUGGUGACUGACGGACGGACGGACAGCAAAGUCUCGGUAAUAGGGUCCAGUUUGACCCUUAGGGUACGGAACCCUAAAAAUUGAAUAAUAUAAUACCAUCAAAUUUGAAUAAAAUCAUUGUUUGUCGUUAACCCUUUAAAAAUGUACUUAAGAAGAUAGGGAGGAUAAAAGAAACACAGAGGGAAACACUUGUAGGGAAUUUUCAUACUGUUGCCUCGAGCAACAUCAACUAUGUAAAGUGUGUUUUGACGACCGGUCUGGCCUAUUGGGUAGUGACCCAGCCUGCCUAUGAAGCCGAUGGUCCCGGGUUCAAAUCCUGGUAAGGGCAUUUAUUCGUGUGAUGAGCAUGGAUGAUUGAUCCUGAGUCAUGGGUGUUUUCUAUGUAUUUAAAUAUUUAUAUAUUAUAUAUAUCGUUGUCUAAGUACCCUCAACACAAGCCUUAUUGAUCUUACUGUGGGACUCAAUUUGUGUAAUAAUGUCCUAUAAUAUUUAUUUAUUUAUUUCUGUCCCUCUUACCCAACAUGAUUUACUUUAGUUUUUUUAAUAGUAGUUUUAGUUUUUCUUUUUUCAUUUCGAGUUGUUCUGUUAGUUACAUUUGUUUAUCUUAGUUGUUAUUUAAUAUUUCCUUGCCCAUGGCAGGUAAGUUCAUUAGAGUCUGUGCGGAAAGAAAAGUUGUAGAUUGUAUUGGUUCCCUUAAGUUCCCUUACAUUCCACGACUCUUUCCGCAAAGACUCUAUUUAAAUGGGCUUAGGUAGGUAGUGAGUGGCAGCAAGUCGCAGUAAUGAUUCGAGGAAAAUUAAGAAAAUCGCGUCUCCUCAUUUGGGUUAAUGCUGUCGUAGUUAUCAUUAUAGGCCCACAAAAUUAUUGCGUAAUUUACACCAAUUGACCACGUUCUAAUAGUUCGGUCCAUAACAAUACAUUUUAUUUACGAUCAGAAGAACGUAACUGAUGAACAAACUUUCACCAUUUAUGUAGGCAUAGACGGUUCAUAGUUACUUAUGUUCUAAUUCUAUAUAGGUUGCUCAGUGGUCCCUUUUGUUAAGAAUAAUUCAAAUAAUAACAAUAGGACUUUGUGCAACAAGGAGGGCAAGUGAAAUUUUGCAACCGAGGUCUUUAGAAGCAUUAAAGACUCGAGUUUGCUAUAUACUAACCCCCGGAGUUACACACAAUAUUUUUCAUAACACUUGCGAAGAAAAAACUAAAUUUUAAGCGAAAUAAUUCAUAAAUAACUACGGUGAUAUUUCAAACGUUCGUCCGACAUAUUGUUAUUAGGUCAUUCCUACACAUCGAAAGCCGAUUGAAAAUUCUGUUAAAAUUAUUAUAAACGGCUAUUAAAUUAAUCAAAUUAAAUAUUUUUUAAGAUAAUCAAUAACAAUAAAUUAUAAAAGACAGUAUUUUAAAAGUGAAACUCAUUUAUAUCCCCUUGGUUCGUAUGAAUUAGUGACACAAUUUAAAAAAAAGCUAGAACUCCUGCUGCUGCUGCUUGCCUUUGUCUUUCAGUAUACCUGCAUGAAAUAAGAUCUUAUUCGAGCAAGUGUGAUGAAUAAAGCCUAAAAACAGGUUACAUGCAGUUAAGAACCUAUAGUUCUACGCUACAUUUUAUUCAACGCUAACGACCUAGUUUCCAAUUUAUAGGGCUGACGUAUUGGGUCUACCCAAUCAAUGGUCUCCGAGUGGCUCUAUGUGUUAACAAUGCAGAUUAUUCCGCACCAAACGUCAAUACCCUACCAACAUGCUAGUUAAAUACAUCGCCAUUUUCGUAACUCUGAAAACAGUUUUGGGUAUUUACCCAUACUUCGAUACGCAAGAUUUCAUCUACAAUGUGCCUAAAGUGUAUAGAAUUUCUAUAACUCUGGAUAAAUUGUUAGAGUAUUAUGAGAAGAAGCCGUCGAAAGAUCCGGAGUGGUAUAUAUCUUUGGGCUUGGCAAGAGGUCAACUGGAGUACACAAUUAACGAACUGGAUAAGUCCGUGCCGCCAAAAUUGAAGGAGAAUCUGCAGAAUCUAACGAGGAAGAUGGAUCGCAUCCGUAACAAUACCGACUUCACAAAGCUCGUCUAUCGCACUAAAGACUAUGAAUAUGUGGCCAAGGCGAUAUUUGAGAACUUGGAUGUACUGUCGAGCUUCAUGGAGCCGAUAACCCUCGGCACGAUGGGUACUCAGAAGCCUUAUCGGUUCGACUUCGAGCAGUACGUGCAAGAGGCCAGAACUAAAAUGCCGGGAAGAAAGGCCGCAGAUGCCUGCACAAUGCAGCUUCUAGUAUCAGCCAUGGAGACUCAAACGACUCAGUCAGACGGAUCCUGUGAGCUGUCCCCUGAAUGCAGCCAGCAAAUCAUGAAGGGCUCCGGUCUGGCCUUCCAGCAGACCAGCCGCCUCCGCGCCGCCACGCUCGCCCGCCUGUUCGACUGCAUGGACGGAGUGGACCUCAACGCCCACAUAUACAAACUGUGCAUACAGAUUUACAAGGAGACGAAGUCGCUCGAGGCUUGGGACCAUCCGGCGGGGACUAGGACUAUUUUCAUGCAGCAAAUCAUGUACUGCGCACACCAUGGUUACGGGGAGUUUAUCAAGCCCCGCUGGAUGAACAAGAUCAUAUCUUGGCAAGAACCGAAAGGCUGCUACUCAGACGAUCGGCAGCCUUUCAUGAGGCUUACGGGUUUCAUAACCGCGGUGCCACCAGCCCAGAAAGAACGUGAGGAGGAGUACCGCCUGAAGAAGGCGGCGGCAUCGGAAGGUGGUUCCUGCAACUCGCUAACUUCCGCCAUGGCGCUGGGCUCUAUGGUGGUUUACAUACGAGCCUUACUCGAGACGGAUCAAGCAUUCCAGUACGAUGUAUUGGAAUAAUACUCCCUCUUUCAUUUCAAACACUCACUAAUUAGUUUUAAGAUGAAUUCUCAUUGACAUCUCGAGCGAGCACCGCAAUAUACAUACAAGAUCAAGAUUUUCAUUGCGUAUAAAUAAAUGUGUUGUGCAUUGUGUGGAAACUAAUAAAUGAUUAUUUUAUA